GAGGAGGAGAGAAGUUUUCAGUUGUCUUCAGUUCGCAUAUCAAGGUCUCGCGGGUAGUGGCUGGAUUGGACGACGAAGACUUGAGUUCACUCAGCUGCAGCUGUUCGUCUUUCUCUCGGCUUUCAGUCGUUUAUAAAAUACACAAGUCAUUAGCGACUGCCUCGUCGUUAUCGGGUAGUCUGUCUGUCUGUCUGUCUCGGUGCCUUUUGAUAAUGCGAGGCGCAUUGACGGCGUGGUGCUUGAUUACGCUGCAGGAAUGCUGAUUUUGUUUUAAAUUGCUUACUAAGUAAGUGAUAGCGGUGGUUGAUUCGAGUACGGAAGUGUGCUAUGACUUGUGCUUUUGAUGACUUAAAAAGGGCCGUAUUGUGAAUGAAGUUGUAAUCGUGAUAUUUCUUCGUAGGCGUUGAAAGUUAAAUAUCCCUGACGAAGUUUUUGAGGUUUUAAGUGAGUUAAAUUUGGUUGGCUGUUUAUACAGUAAUUUGAUUGAUCAAAGCGACCUGCUAAUCCCGUGACCACUGCUAUUCGUAUAACAAAUAAAGUUUUUCGCAACUGUCUUCCAGAAAAUUAAAAAGAGAAAAAAAUCCAAGGCAUCGUAGGCCUAGUAAAGUUCACACCGAGAGUGGGAAAAAUCAUAGGCCUAGUAUUGAAAGUUUUUAAGUUUCACGAAGUUGAAAAGGAGGGAAAAUUUAAGUGCCUCGGUGAAUUUCCGACGGUCGAAGGGGGGAAAAAAUUAAGAUGGCUUCCAUCCGAUCCAUUCGUGCCGGCCUUUCGAGGUCUUACCAGUCCCUGAAUACCCUGGGCAACGACAAUGACAGAUGCAACAGAAACCCCGACAUGGACUGGAUAGGCGUCGACAACUUCAAGAACACGAAGAACGGCAACUCGCCCUUCUCGGUGAUCAAGAACGUCAUGUCCCGGGUUUCGAGGAGCAAGAACAACUCCUCCAGGAUAUCGGUCAUACUCAAGGACCUGGACAACGAGUGGAAGAUACAGGAGGAACCGCACGAGGGGGACAACUUCAUCGGAGAUGAGGCGAGACCCAAGGACUCAAACACCAUAACGGAAUUACCACAGAAACGCAAAUGGAAAAAGUUGAGGAAACUGAGAUCUUCGAAGAUGCCUUCAUCCGUCGCCAUUCCGGCUGAACAAGCCUCUCUUUUAGGAAAGUCGUUGGAACAACGAGCGAGUGAGCUGAGCGUAAGAAUGGCCUCUGGACAGGAGACGAGUCAUGGGGCGGCAUCGCUCGAUAGACUAAGCAGCAUAGACUUGACAAUGCCCAGCGAUGCCCUUGAUGAUGUUGAGCUUCGACAUGUACAGUUGUCUGUUGCCAAUUCUCGUAGUUUAAGUGAGGAUGGAUCGUCUGGAGUGAAGGAGACCAUUGAAACCCAGCAUGGGCCCAUUGUUGUUGCCGUUGCUGGGGAUUCAUCCAAACCUGUAAUUCUCACUUACCAUGAUCUUGGUCUUAACCAUGUUACAAAUUUCCAGGCAUUCUUCUCAUAUCCAGAAAUGCGAAACAUUCUCUCAAAUUUCUGCGUUGUACACAUAAAUGCACCAGGUCAGGAAGAGGGAGCUCAUACACUUCCUGAAGGGUAUGUUUAUCCUACCAUUGAAGAGCUCUCCGAAACAGUCACUUGUGUCAAGAAUCAUUUUCAUAUACGUAGCUUUAUUGGUUUUGGUGUGGGUCUUGGAGCCAAUGUGCUUGGACGAUAUGCAAUCAAAUAUCCAAAUGACGUUGAUGCUUUGGUCUUAGUGAACUGCUCAUCUACACAAGCUGGUUGGAUUGAAUGGGGAUACCAGAAGCUUAACAUUCGACAUCUUCGAUCGGGCACCAUGACCACUGGCACUGUGGACUACCUCAUGUGGCAUCACUUUGGCAAAGUGGAAGAAUGCAAUCAAGACUUGGUGGCAGUUUACAGACAACACUUUGAAAAAGCUCUGAAUGCAACUAAUUUGGGCCUACUUGUUGAUUCAUACAUUAGACGUACUGAUCUUAACAUUGUACGAGAGCUUGAUCCCAACAAGAAGAAGGAUGUGCGAAUGAUCCGUUGUCAGGUACUCAACAUCACUGCUAACUUUUCUCCUCAUGUAGAUGACACAGUUACUUUCAAUGGACGUCUUGACCCCACUUUAACUACUUGGAUGAAGAUCCAGGAUUGCGGACUCGUCAUUGAUGAAGCCCCAGGCAAAGUCGUAGAAGCUUUCCGUCUCUUCCUCCAGGGUCAGGGCUAUGCGGUGAGUGGGUCCCGUCGGUCUUCUGCUGUGUCGAUUGGAGAAGGUAAAUCGUGUUGAACGCAUCACCCAUCAUCAAAAACAAGCUUUGUCGGUACACAAUCGAGGUUUUGGAUCCCGACAGUCCUCUCUUCCAUCACUUAAUGGCUCCACAACAAGUGUGAAGGAUAUCCGUAUUACAGAAAACCCACUGCAAAAUCCAACUGUUUGAAGAAAAUUCUGAAAUUCUUUUAGGGAAACUUUACAAGUAGCAAAGGAGAAAAUAUUACAAUGGCAUAAAUUCAACAUAUUUUCCCUUUAUUUUGAUGUACGAAGUCUUAGAGAACCGCAAGACUGAUUAUUUCAGGUUUUGUUAUUUAGGCAACUUAGAUAUUACUUUUAUCAUGACAGGAAGUCUCUUACACUUUUUCUUUUAUAAUACGCAUUUUAGACAUUUAUUUUUAACCCCUCUAAGUGCAUGCAUGUAGCAAAGUAGCAAUUGAUGUCUACAAUAUUUUAUGUACUUCAGCUGACCUGGCAGAAGUAGCUCUGCUUUAUUUCUUCUUUUUAAGUUUUAAUUGAAUGAUGUAAAAUGUCAUGUAAUGAUGAAGUAAUGUAAAUCUACGCAAGAUAUUCAAAUGUUUUGUUUUUCAUUCCAUGUAGAUUAAAGAUGGUCUUUGCAUUACUAACCGUAGGCGUUUUUAGUUAUAAUUACUGGGAAAUGCUGUAUUGAUAAUACAUAUGUGUAUUUUAGUUAUAAUUACAGGGAAAUGCUGUAUUGAUAAUACAUACAUGUAAAAAGAAUCAAACUUUUGUAAUAAAAGAUGAUCUGUUAAUAUUAUAAUAUACAGUACUACGUACUAGCAAAGAUAGAAUCUGUAAAGUAACUUGUUCUUGAGGUUAGAAUUGUGUCAAAGAAAGCUACUUUAACCUGUUUAUGGCAAAGAAUUAUUCAAGGCAAAAUUAUCUAAGUGAAAUUUUUGUACAGUAUACAUAUAUAUAUCAAAUAUAUAAAUUUUAAGUGCAACAUACUCAGAUGGAAGAAUUAUUUAUAUUUUUUAUUGUGCCUAUAAACAGAUGUGGGAUUAAUUUUUGUUUACCUUGUUAUUGUGAUGCAUUUGGUGAUGUCUUCAACCAGUUUAAAACAAGAAUUAUCAGAAAAGUAUAACUAAUACAAAAACAGCAGAAAUAGUCAUUUGAUUUUAUUCAGGAGCUGUGCCGCUAGAGAGGCAAUUGAUCAGUAAUUUCAUGUUUUAGGCUCUCUUACUUUGCCUUAAUGUUUCAAACUAAAAAGCACUGAAAUCUGUCUGUAUUCAUUUGAGAAUUUUACUCGGUGAACAUCAAUAUAGGUAGGCUGACAAGAACCUUUAGUUACCCAUCACUCCUUAAAUUGUAGACCAGCCUUAGAGUGGAGAUAGUUUGGUAGAGUCGUCACAAUAAAAGGAAAAUGAACAUUCUAGAAAACCUUGUAUUGUUCAUCAUAAGGUAAUCUACUUUUUAAAAUUGGCCUUAUUUUUCUUUUGACACAUUUAACAGCCAGGUUUAUUUAGUCUGUUUGACACUCGACUUAUAAAGGAGCUGUUUUUAAUAUAAUUUUGAAAACUGAUUGAUCAUGAUUUGCAUGUAGUACGACGAAUGUGGGCAUGGCCAUUUCUGCCACUAUACAUCGAACAGUGUAGUCAUUAUGAAUUAUAUUGUGCAAUUUUUUUUUCCAAAUAGUCUUUUACAGCAGCAUGUAGUUAUCCUUUUAGAAAACAUAUAAGCACGUACAUUGUCAGUUACCAUUCUUGUGUGCUUACGAUAGCCUAGAAGAUAUUUGAAGCCUUAAGGAAAAUGUUUUAAAAUUUUUGGCUUCUCUACAUUUAGGCAGCUUCCUUGUUCUUGUUAAAUAUAAUUUUUUAUUUAAAAGUCAAUUCCACUUACCAUUGUAUUAGCAAUGAUAAACCUCAUAUUUAUUUUAAGUUUCAUCUAAAAUGUUGGCAAGUUUACAUGAUACCUUUCUCAAGUAUAGGAAAGAAUAGUAAUGUUGAUGUAAUAAAUUAUCAUAGAUACAGUAGCAGAGUAGCACAAAUUGUAAUAUUUGCUACAUGCAUAGUUUGCCAGUAUUGCUUUUUUAAUUUGCAGAAUCAUGUACUAUUCCAUUGGUUCACGUGCUUCAAGUGAAAACCUACAGUGCUGAUUGUUUACAGUUAUGAGAUAUUAUUUUUGUAAGGAAGGAAUAGGCACACUGGGUGUUCAUGUCCAUUAUUUUUUCAUUUUUAUUUACCAGGUGCAUAUGACUUCCAUUUCCAAAGCCACUUCUGAAUGAAAUUAACAGGCUAGUCAGGACAUUUUUAAGAAUUUUAUGAAGGACACAAUUCAGACUGUUAUACUUAGUCUUUGUUGGCCUUCAAAAUCUGUAUUUAAACAUUUAUUAACAGUUGAGAAAGUAACAUUUCUUUUGUAAUAUUGUUGAUUCAGUGAAUAUCAAGAAUUCUUGCAUUAUAGAGUAGCAGUUGUUAUCUGCCCUUCAGUCUGUAGACUGAAAUGUGGUUGGCACUCGUUAAGCAAGCCUUAAAAUUUAACAAAGGAUCUAUGUUAUGUUCUCUCGCAGUUACAUUAGCUAUGAGCUUCUGGUAGAGAGCCCCAUGCCUUGGCCGGUAUUGCCUGAAAAGGGGACCUGGUGGCAUCAUUGUUAAAUGAAGUUAGCCAGACUAAAUCUUGGCAUAUCAUAAAACAAUAGUACUGUCGUUGUGUAAUUGUGUAUAUAUUUACAGUAGAUAAAAAGUAUCUUUCUAAAUAAAUGAUCUAAUUAAUUACAGUCUAAAAGAAAUUCCCCAUUGUAUUCUAGUUAAUUUGGGGUUUAUGCAGAUAUGUAUACUUGACAUUAUGCAGUUACUUUUGAACUGUCCAUUUAAGAAUACGUACAAUAAAUAGCAAUUUACAUUAAAUCAUAUGCCCACCAUAUCUCCCUUUUCUUGUAGGUAGACCUGCACUGUAUAUAUGAAAAAUUUGUAUAUAUCUUUUUGGGAACAUGGUUUCUGCUCAUUUUGGUAAUUUCAACUUGAACUUAAAAGUUGCGUCUGGUAUUUUGGAGGUACAGUUUUUCAUUACUGCUGUAAUCCAGUACAGUUAGAAGCUAAUAAAUUUAAGUUUUUUUAUUGCUUCUGGAUUUGUAAUUGUUAGGAAAAAAUAUGGUAUUCAUUUAUUUUUAACUUUACAAAAAGAUUUUGCUUAGUUCUCAUUUUAGUAGUGUUUAAUGGUAUACAGUAUAAGACCACAUCAUCAGAGAAGGAUGGUACACUAAGGGUUGUGAUUCCACAGUCUGCAGAGACCAUAACUUGUGCAAUAAUCAUUAAACACAUAUACUCACUGA